UCCCUCUUAUAGUUAAAAGUCCCCGCCGCCAAAUCACAAACCAAACCUUUUCCGCAAAACAGAUCCAGUACUCUCCCUCAUGGAAGACGACGAGAAUACUCAUCAGCUGAGCAUAUACAGAGCCGCCAGAACCAUAAAGCGCAGGGACAACACCCUCUACAACGCCCUCAGAUCCAUCUACGACGACUCUGUUUUCGUCGCCGAAAUCUUCCAGCUCUGGCCCGACCUCCCUCUCCUCGCCAACCUCCGAUGUGGCCUCUGGUACUCCCGAACGUUCCACGCCACGUGUUACUUCAAGUCCACCGACGGCCACAACAACAACUGGUCCUUCAACACGUCCCGCCUCAACCUCCACGUCGCUCAGCUCGCAGGACAGAAGGGCGGGUGUUUCAUCGUGGAUGCAACUCGGAGAGGGAAGCGGUUUCCCGAUAGCAUGUCGAAGACGAUUCCCAUUUGGACUUGUGUUUUGAACCGGUCGAUUCGAAACCAUAGGGAAAGAAUGCGGCAGAGUUCUCUGGUUAAUGAUAGGGUGUCGAGUACUUGUGAUGAACUUUCUGGAGAUAGUAGACAGAUGCCUGUUGAUUGGGAUUGUUCCUUGCAUCUUCCACUCUGGGUUUCUGGAACAGAGAGGGCUUCUAUCGAGGAGCGAUUAGAAGAAUGGACUCGACAGUUGGAUGCCAGUGGAGCUGAUAUUAGCUCUCUUGCUUCUUGUUUAAAAAAGCCUCUACGCCCUCUAUGGAUAUCACAGAAAACUGUCAUUUGGUUAAAUGAAGUUCCAGACCACGAGUCUUGGGAUUUCACACCUAUCAUUCUUGUUUCUGCAUCAUCCCCGAGUGGUGUUGUGCAACACAGGACUAGUUCAGAAUUUAGCUGGAACUAUAUACCUGGAGCUGGUGAUGAUGAAGAAAGUUGGGCAAGAGGCUUAACACCUACUCUAUUCUGGAAUCGUGCCUGUGAUAUUAUAAAUGCAGGGCCUGAAGUGUGUAAUCAGAUGGUGGCUGAUAUAGUCGAGAAGGAUAGAGUGGCUCGUGCUCGAAGGGGACAGGAUGCUCCUCAGGUUACUGUUAAGGCCCCAAGUUUGGUACCAAAAUCAGAUCAUUAUUUGAAUGAUGAUACGUCCCAGUUAGCUCCGGAUCUUGCAAAUAUCAAUCGAAAUUCUUCUGAUGAAGAUUCUGUUAUAUCUUGGCUUGGCUCGACUAACCUUGCUGUAGGCACAUCUCAAAAUGCCGGAGUAUCUAAAGUUGACUGCAUAUUAAACUGUGAUAAGACGUCUAUCCCUGCUGAUCCUAAAGCAUAUUUAUAUCUUCCUAUGGUGACAUCAAAGUUUGAUCGCUUCUCCUUGUUAAAUAAUCUCCCUUCUGCAAUGAACUUUGCAAAGUUGAAUCUCAGCCAAGGGAAGACGCUUCUAAUUUGUUGUGAUAAUGGGGAAGAUAUCAGUGUAUGUGUCUGUCUGGCAAUUUUGACAACCUUAUUUGACGAAGAAGGAACGUUCGACGGGGGAAACUUCUUCAGUGAGACAAUUAUUACUAAGUUGGAAAUGCGGAGAAGACUUAUUACCGUCUGCAAAUAUGUGGUAAAUGCUAGGCCAUCAAGAGGGAACCUAAAGCAGGUUUUUAACUUUCUUACCGGUGGAAGAGCUGGUUCUAUAAACAUGCCUGCAUAGGCCUUCAGUGCUGCAGUAAUGCCAACAGCUGAUGACGAGUCAUCUGAACUCAGCUGGUUUUAGACGAAAUUUUCUCUUUCGUGUACUUGCGGCUGAAGUUAUUCCAGGUACAGGCUCGCCAUGAUAUAGCUAAGUGAUCAAGCUGAUAGAUGCCAUUCUGUUGUAACAUUAGUUGAGGGAGAAAUUAUUUGUAUAAAACGAGCGAGCAUUCAUUGUAACAAAUCAAGGAAAGGAACUUUGGACUAUAAAACAAGCUUUGUGACUUCAA